AUGGCUGAGAGUGAUAAUGAGCAUCAAAAACAAUCACCUUUAAUCGAACAUCUUGAAUGGGGACGUGUGGAAGUUGAAGGAUUUCCCCCUGGUAAAGAUUUCAGACUUUUUCCAGGAGGAGCUGAAGAAUGGGAUUGGAAGAAAACAAAUACCCGUCAUGUACCAGGUGUUCAAUUGAAAGAUGUGGAAUAUUUAAUAGAAAAAGAAGCCGAAUAUAUUGUUUUAUCAAAAGGCAUGAAAAAUCAACUACAAAUAGCUGAGGAAACCGAAGACUUUCUUAAAGAAAAAGGCAUGAUGUUAGAUGUUAAUUAUUUUAUUGAAACAACUCCCGAAGCACAAAAACGUUAUAAUGAACUUGCCAAAAAUAAAAAACGCGUCGGUGCAUUAAUACAUUCGACAUGUUAA